AUGUUCACAAGAAUAACAUCAUCAUUCCGUCGCACCUCACUCCCACUCCCACAACCCACUCAGUCCCAAUACGCUCCUCCACCAGCACCAGACGGUACCCUUUCCACCCUCUCACCAGCUCAGCCAGCACUAGAACCUCAUCCAGAAACAGACGACCUUCCCAUAUACAUCUCACCCUCAGAACUUGCUCGUUCAGUGCACACAUUCGCACUCAAAACGAAUGGCGAACCUUGGCUAUCCCUCUCUCUCUCCAGUUCAGCUGGUCAGGCAACAAGUCAUCCUCUGUUCUUUGACACCGCCGUCUUUCAAGGAAACGUAACCCUAAUACUAGGGAAAGAGCUCCAACUGCAGACGAUCACUCUCCUCCUCGAAGGGUUCACACGCACAGCCGGCUCAGAACAGAAGACCUUCCUCUCACUCUCUACGCUUCUCUUCCCCCCAAGCGAACCAGCACCAGGCGACAGCACCAAGCUCACCCAGGGAACCCAUGCCUUCCCGUUCGACUUCGCCCUCCCUCCUACGGUAACAGUACCCUACGAAGGAGGCACAGUCAUCGCCCCCCUCCCACCGACGUACAGCACCAAAGGGUUCCCUGCGUUUCUGGAGUAUCAGCUUACCGUGGUGGUGCACCGCGGUGCCCUCCGGGUAGACAAUACCCUAUCAACAACAGUCGUCUACCUCCCCCGCUCUCGUCCUAAACCUCCUUCCCCGGCUCGCCAACUCGCCUACCAGAACCUCACCCAACCCCCAGGGCCGGAAGAGGACCCAGAGGGCUGGGCAGAGGUGGGCACUGAGCUGAGGGGGAGGAUGUUUGGCAGUUUGGAGAUAGGGGUGAGAUGUACGAUGCACCUCGCCAGACCGCUCUGUUACGCCCGAGGCACUCCCAUCCCUUUCCUCAUCACGUUCCUCUCCCCCCAGCCCCAAGCCUCUCAGGCACUCGACCUCCUGACCCAGCCCUCAAACCUCAAGCUUACCCUAGAACAAAUCGUCACCGUCGGCCCCGAUGCUCUUCGCACAAAGAACGCACUCCAAUCGCAGGGGAAUCCCAGUAAUACCUUUGGGAGGAUUGUGGCCGUUGCUAGGGGAGGGGUGGUCCUACCUGACCAACCGGGUCCGGGCGCGGGCGCGGGGGAAAGGAGAAUUAGGGGAGAGAUACCUGUCCCUAGGGAGUUGAAGCCCAGUUUUACGUUCGUGAGGUUUACGCUGAGCUACAAGAUAAAUCUCCUGCUGGACGCAGUUGGUUUCCUCCCGGAAAAACACACACACGCAGUCCUUUCCCAACAAGUGGCGAUCACUACCGACCUUCCGCGGGGGCCCAGGCAGCCUCCCCCGGUCCCGAGUUCUGGGGGGAAGAGGUCUUCGGUUGAUGGUCCUGGCCCUGGGAAUGGGUUAGGGGGACCGGGGGGGACGAGUGGGGAUACGGUCAACUUGCUCUUGUUGGGUAACCAAAGGUAUAUGCAGCAUCAUCAUGCGGGGCCGCAGUGA